GUAUUUGAAAUUGUGUAUUGUGUCAGUUUGCGUUUACACUUUUUCUAAAGAAAUUUUCUUGAAUGUUUUUACGGUUUUUCUAUUUUAAGAGUUUUAUAUAACAUGGAAACAUCAACACCAAAAGGCCCUAAUACUGGAAUUUUUGAGUGGGCAAGUGCGACUCAAACUCCGCUGCGUAAACAAAGGCCCAGUGUUCUUUUUGAAAAGAAUGAAAAGACUUGGAAGUCAAAUGAUGACCACGAGCGUGCCAACAGAAGAGCCUCGAUAGUAGCUCGCAGGUCUAUUUUAGUACAAAAUGCAGGAGCUGAAGAUUCUCCAGGUUUAAACGACUCCAUAAAAGCCCUAAGUGAACAGGAUAUCAAGAGCCAGUUAUUUAUCUGCUCAAAAUUAAACGCAGAAAAUAAAAUCAAUGCAGAUAAUGCGUGGAAAUUAAAAGUUAUAGAGCUACUAAAUCAGUUUGUGAGGAAAGAUAACCCUGAUGUGUUGAAAGUGGCAGGAAACUCACUGGAAGUAGCGGGAAAGGUGUAUGGUAUCAGAGUUGAUGAUUUACAUGCAGAAAGCUUGAAACUAGCUAGCAAUUUGGCAAGAACAGUGGAUCAACAAAAAAGAACUGGUGACGAUAAAGAGAAUGAGAAUCCCAACGCAUCUGAAACAGAAAAUGGUCCCACCCAGAAGAAAAAAAGACAAAAAAAGAGAAGAAGUCUGCUCUGUGAAGGUAGAAAGCAUACUAUAAACCAUGAUGUGAAAACAUUUAGGGAACCAUUACCCAAACUCGAAAGUGCUGCAUUCUCUGCUAAGGUUGACAAUUCUGUCAGUGCAAUAGAGAAUUUAUUCACAAAUAAUUUGAGGACGGACAAUGCAGGUUUCAGGUUUAUAUUUCUGGCUGAUGAUAAAGGAUUCUCAUAUUUACCUGGUUCAGAUCCUUCGAUCGUCCCUGAAACUAUCACUAUCGAAAAUGACGAAAUACCCAACGAUUAUAGAAUAUGCACGGCCUUUAAGGACUUCGAAGUCGACGUAUGGGAUCCCAACGGGGAAGCAGUCGACGUGUGUAGGAAAACCGCGAGCAAUAGCGACAUAGUUUUGGACGAGAACGGCGUACCCAUCCCUGAAUUGGACGGCUCGGUUCACAACGUGUUUCAGGAGCCUAUAGACGAUGACAUUAAUGAAGACGACGGUUUUGAAGAAGAGGUCGUGCUGCCUCCCCUGUACCAAGAAAACGGUACUAUCAUCGAUUUUAGACCGUCCAAUCAGGUGCUGGUAAAUUCCGUACAGCGGUCCGACUAUUCCUACAAUACAGUGGUCGGUACGUGCAUGGGCAAAAUCGAUCAACUUUGGGCCGGGCCUAGCCACUGGAAGAUGAAGCAUGUUAGAAGAACCAAACUACCGGUGUAUACAGGUCAAGAUAAAUUGGUCGAUCAAGACAAAGAUAAGAAGAAAGCACGCAAAAAAGCCGAACCGAUAAUGUUGGACUUUAGUGAUUUAGAGGAGCCUGUAAAGAAAUACAAAUUGAUGUCUAAAAAGAGACAAACCAAAGAGGUUAACGAAAACAAGAUUACCCUUCCUUUGUUCCACUCAGCUUGCCGCGAAAUGAUCGAACACAUCGAAGAACUGAUUCUGAUACCGUCAAAGAAGCCCAUCAAUAAGGACAAGACCCAGAUAGAUUGUGAGGUGGAGGAGUAUCGGUUUGAUAAUCCCAAUGACUCAAACUACAUACCUAAUCACCUUGUUGAUGAUGACAAUCAGCCGGACUUAGCGGACGACAUCUUUGGAGACGAACCUCAGGAGUUCGAGGGUGAGAGCGCUAGAGGAGGUUUUGUAGAAGACAAUUUGGUCGGAUUGCCAGAAAUGGUCACCCAGUCCGAUUUGCACUAUGCCCAGAGAGCGAAGAAAAUGGACAUGAAGAAACUGAAAACGGCAGUAUGGCAGAUUUUAACUUGUUCAGAUACUUAUGAUACGUCGGCGAAAGUAACGGAUACGAAUUUUUCAAACAUGUACAAAGUGUUGCCUCAGAAAGUGACGGAAAGUAUGCGAAGAGAGUUGAGUUGUCCGCUGGCUUUUGUGGCCCUGCUUCAUCUAUGCAACGAACAAAACCUGUUCCUAAGGAAAGGCGACGAUAUAUCUGAUUUUUUUAUCAUGGGGCCAAGUUAGUACGUAUUCGGUUUUAACCUGUUGUGACCUGUUUACUUGAAAAUUAUUGAAAUUAUAUAUAUUAGAGUUCUAUGAUAAA